CUCAGUGUUUUGGUGCAGGCUGCGGAAGAAGCUAUCAGCUGUGUUCCACUGAGAGAGGGCCGAUCCCUUCAGCUUCAGCGGCUCCAAGAUAAACGACAAAUGUGACUUCAACAACAAAAGGUCAAGAUGGAAUUCACACUGAGGCGCUUACUUGGUGUCAAACCGCCAAAAGCCUCCAUUCUGCUGCCUUUCCUCGCCCCGAUCCUAGCGGUCGGCAGCCAACAAGGCGACAGCAGCGCUGCUAUGGAUAACGUCGUUACGGAGCGGAUGGCUGAGGAGAGCCACCGACAGGACAGUGCCUACCUGCUGAUCUUCAUCAUGCUGCUAACGCUCACCAUCCUCACCAUAUGGCUUUUCAAGCACCGCCGGUUCAGGUUCCUCCAUGAAACAGGGCUCGCUAUGAUCUACGGUCUCUUGGUGGGUGUGAUCCUGCGCUAUGGCAUCCAUGUGCCCCAGAGCAUGAGCGACGUGGUCCUCGAAUGUGCCGUCAACGCCAGCCCCGCCACUUUGCUGGUCAAUGUCAGCGGAAGGUUCUACGAGUACACGCUUAAAGGGGAAGUGAGCCGAGGCAAGGACCACCAAGUGCAGGACGAUGAGAUGCUGCGAAAGGUGACCUUUGACCCAGAGGUGUUUUUCAACAUUUUGCUCCCUCCUAUAAUCUUCCAUGCUGGUUACAGCCUAAAAAGGAGGCAUUUCUUCAGAAACAUUGGCUCAAUCCUGGCCUAUGCUUUUAUUGGAACAGUCAUAUCCUGCUUUUUUAUCGGGCUCAUCAUGUACGGCUUUGUGACUUUUAUGAAAGCUGUUGGCCAGAUCGGUGGGGAUUUUUUCUUUACCGACUGCCUUUUUUUUGGGGCCAUCGUCUCGGCAACAGACCCAGUGACGGUACUAGCAAUCUUCAAUGAGCUGAAGGUAGACGUGGACCUGUAUGCUUUACUGUUUGGAGAGAGCGUUCUCAACGAUGCAGUGGCCAUCGUCCUCUCGUCCGUCCUCCUGCGCUUUGAAAAGCAGAGCAGGCAGGGGGCUGGAGCUGUUCACUCUGCUGGAGAGGACAGCUCGGUUAUGGGCGAGGAGAUGGAGGAAUGGCUGGGAGGCAACCAGACAUUCACUCCUCGUGGUUCCAUCGUGGCGUAUCAGCCAGCGGGCGACAACAGCCACAGCUUUGAAGCCAUGGCCAUGCUGAAAUCCUUCGGCGUCUUCCUGGGCGUCUUCAGUGGCUCCUUCUCACUCGGUGUGGCUAAUGGAGUCAUGACUGCUCUCGUUACAAAGUUUACUAAGCUGAGGGACUUCCCUUUACUGGAAACGGGCUUAUUUUUCCUGAUGUCGUGGAGCACCUUUCUGUUGGCUGAAGCCUGCGGGAUGACGGGUGUUGUGGCGGUGCUUUUCUGUGGGAUCACUCAGGCUCAUUACACCUACAACAAUCUGUCUCGUGAAUCUCAAGACAGGACUAAACAGCUGUUUGAGCUGCUGAACUUCCUGGCAGAAAACGUUAUCUUCUCCUACAUGGGCCUGACGCUCUUCUCCUUUCAGUCACACGUCUUUAACCCCAUGUUCAUCAUCGGGGCCUUCCUGGCUGUGUUUCUGGGCAGAGCUGCAAACAUCUACCCCCUCUCCUUUCUGCUCAACCUGGGCCGCCGAAAUAAGAUCGGAAUGAACUUUCAACAUGUUAUGAUGUUUGCAGGUCUGCGUGGGGCGAUGACCUUUGCUCUGUCUAUCCGGGACACGGCUACUUACGCCCGGCAGAUGAUGUUUUCAACCACCCUUCUGAUUGUUUUCUUCACUGUAUGGAUCUGUGGAGGGGGCACGACGCCCAUGCUGUCUUUCAUGAGCAUACCAGUGGGGGUGGAUUCUGAUCAAGAAUACUCUAGUUCAGCUGUGUUGGACGGGUCCCAGAGGAGAAGCACCAAACAUGAAAGCGCCUGGCCCUUCAGGAUCUGGUAUACUUUCGACCACAACUACCUGAAGCCUCUCCUGACCCACAGCGGACCGCCUCUCACUGCCACUCUGCCAUCAUGUUGUGGCCCUCUGGCACGAUGCCUCAGCAGUCCACAGGCCUAUGAGAAUGAAGGCCAGCUCCACGAUGACGACUCUGACUUCAUCCUGAACGACGCCAACGUGAGCUCCUUGUACGCAGACGUCACCGUCAGCACCGACGCGUCCGGCUCACGCACCAUCAACCCCAAGCCCUCUGCCGCCGGCCCCUUCGGCGAAAACCGGGAUUGCGAGCUGGACCAGGUGGAGCGUGAGGUGACGAUCCGCGGCACGCGGCUGGUCCUGCCGAUGGACGACCCGGCGGAACCCCCGACGACCGUCACCCUCCCUCCGCCACCUUCUCCCCCACGCUCUGAUCCUCACAGGCACAGACUGUAAGACGGGGUUUGAUGUUCCAAAAACAAAACAAAGACAUCCACUAACUAAAUGUAGUUCACAUGUAAAAUGAAUCAAACCGCUUUCCUCUAAUACUGCGGUGUGGACUGGACCAACUCUCAGUCUAGGCAGCCUGAAAUCAACGUCACCUUUUCCAAUAUGAGCCCUGCUUGAUUCAGCUCACCACGUUGGUAGAAUCCUGUGAUUAUUGAGGCACUACAUGUAGACUAGGGUACUAAAAUCCUCACAGCCGACCUAAAUGCGCGGCUGCUGUGUGAACUGAUUCAUGUGUACUACCGCCGUCUCUAAAAGCUCCCAUCUUCUCUGCAUUGUGUCGGUUUAACGCUAAAGCAGAUGGAAAUGUCGGCUUCUCUGAGGUUAGGCUCCCACUGAUGAUUUCUUUUUGUAUUUAUCUAAGUAUUUGAUUUAAUCACACUGAUUAUUAUUCACACUACAGUACGGAAACAAAUCAUAUAAAUAUGUUCUCGGAGAGGUUUUGUUUGUUUUCUAUUCCUAAGUCCAAGGUUGGGAUUCCCAGAGCGAAUAGAAAGCGGGAUGCCUUUGAUGGAAGGGGUCCAGAUAUUUGGUACGACCAGCUGGUGUCAGAGGUUUACAGUCACUCUCCCUCUGAGUUUAUGCAUUGGAUUAGGAUUUUAAAGCUGGAUUUGAACCUGUUUUCCAGGAUGAUAUGAUGAUACAUCCAUCAUAUUUUCUUCCUUUAAAUUGGAUUAUCAUAAAUCAACAUAAGAUCCGAACAGUACAUAAAGCCGAAAGUAUAAACACUCCCCCUUCUGAGAUUCUUAAAUAUCUGUUUGUAUGCUGCAGAGAAGGCCACACCCUUUUUGUAGCCUUCAGUAAGUUUGCGCUUUAAUUCUGACUGCAUGUUUGACCCAUCUUUUUAUAAGAGGCGAGAGAAACAUUUUGGUUGGGAUAUAGACGAGUCGCCUAAACCUAAAAACACUACCCAGACUUCUAGCAAGGACUCUGCAUUAUGGUGCUGAGGGCCUGUACUUAUGAAUCUGACUUGGUUUUUUAGUUUUACUGUCUCUCUAU